AUGGACUUAAUCAAAGACGGGAUGAAGAAUAUCAGCCUCUAUGAGGUGAAGAAACACGUACGGAAGGCCCAAAACAUGGUGUUGAACCUCAGUUCAAUAGAGGCCAAGGUUCGGGAAGCCACUAACAAUGAGCCAUGGGGGACCCCAUCUCACAAAAUGCAAGAAAUCGCCGACGCCACUUACAAUUAUCGAGAACGAGAACAGAUCGUGGGGAUGAUUUUCCGAAGAUUUACUGAGAAAUCUGCCACUGAAUGGCGACAAAUCUACAAAGCGUUGAUCUUGCUCGAGUACGUGGUGAAGCACGGGUCGGAGAAGGUGGUCGAUGAAGCUCGAGCAAACAUGAGUCUUAUCUCCAUGCUCAAAUCCUUCCACUAUAUUGAUCCUCAAGGAAGAGAUAAGGGGUUGAAUAUUCGAAACCGGUCAAAAUUAUUGUUAGGUUUACUUAAUGAUGAUUCCAAUAUCAGGUCAGAACGGAAAAAGGCCCGUGAGAAUUUGAAGAAGUUUAAAGGGGUUGCUGGUGGGGCUCCAUCUUAUGGCAACGGUAUUGGUAAUAGGAGAUAUGGUUCUGGUGGUUUUGGCGAAGAAAAUGGUGAUGAUUACGAUGAUGAUUAUAAUCCGUCUUUUGGUGGAGGGGGUGCUGGUGGUGUAGUAUACGGUGAUGGUGGGAUGUUUGGUAGCAGAUAUGACACUGCGGAUGACAUGUUUGGCAGUGAUGAAUUUGAAGAAUACAAUACUGAAGGAAGUUCAAAAUCGGUAACUCCUGCUCCUCGUAAAAAAGAUCCCCAAACUACUCAAGAUUUGUUCUCAUUCGAUGAUGAGCCAACCACUAAUAAUAUUAAUACAUCAUCAACCCAGCUAGCUGGUAUUGCUGAUGAUGAUUUCGAUGAUUUCCAGAGUGCAUCUCCUAGCAAAACUGCAUCACCAGUGGUUCCCCAAUCCUCUUUCAAUGAGCUAUUUUCCAACCCUGCUCCGGGAACCAAUAAUCAAGAAUUAGGAUCACUUGAUCUUUUGGGAUCCUUAAGCACCAAUACUCCUGCAAUCAAUAAUAUUACUCCUGCAAUCAACAGCAAUAUUACCACGUUCAAAACCACCACUACGUCGUAUGAUUUUUCUUCCAAACAAUCAGUGCCCGCAGUAAACGAUGCGUUCAGUUCAUUAUUUUCAACGGCAAAGAGUAAUGUCGAUAACAUUAAGCCCCGGGCGUCAUCAUCAUCACAUAAUACCAUCACUGCCACUGAUACUAUUCCUAGUAGACCAACACAUAGUUCUUCCAAUUCUCAAUCCCAUGAUUUUUCCGAUAAUAUGAAUGCCAGUGUUGAUAACACUACCAAAAAUCCUUCCAGUAUAAAUGAUUUGGACUUACUAUCACUCUAA